AUGAACAGAUCGCAAACGUCCGCCCCGCCUGAGAACGCUGGACUGCCCCAGACCAGUACCGUCCAGGCCAGCCCCCGCGGCGUCCGCGGAAAACCACUCACAGCCAAUGACGAGCUGGUUCUGGUGGCAUUGUGCAAGGCUCGCAAUCAGGAGGGCCACUUCGCCGACAAACCCAAGCGGUUCUGGAUCGAGAUCUCCCAGAUCUUUCAUAUUACCACCCACCGUCCCUAUUCCUGGCAGUCGUGCCGCCGUCGCAUGAUCAAAGCGGAAGUCGAGGAAAAUUCUCAGCAGUCCGGUGCUCAAUCAGCUAGUCCCUCGCUUAACCCGCCUGUCCAAGCGGAGCCCACCGAAACCGCCCCUAUUCCUAAGUCGACCAGUGUCGAGGGCGACAAUGACCUGGACAGUGACGACGAUGACCUUCCUCCUGGACUUCCAUUUGUGCGGGGUAACAUCACCAGUCCGCAUGGCCAAUGGGAUGCCGAGAAGAAUGCUUUCAUUCUCAAUCUUGUUACCUAUUUCAAUGACACUGUGGGUUCUUUCGAGAACCAGCUGCAGGCGGUCAUGGAUAGGCUUAUCAAAGAUGAGGAUGACCAGCGUAACAUUGACGAGGCAUUCUCCAAUUUCAAGCAGAUUUUAGAUCGGGCACUGGAGAAGGCUGGUUAUGGCCAGAAGGAGGAGGAGGACCAGUGA